UCAGAUUAUAACCAAUGAAUAAAAAUACCAACUGUUGCAUUUUCCCUCCAUCACAACAGCAUGCAACCAAAACCAAUUAACCUAAAAACCUCCUUCUAGUCACAUGAUUUAGGUACUUUCGUUGGUCCUUUUUCCAAAAUGCUCACAUUUGUUACACACAAAACACCAUCAUCAAACUUUCAUGCCUUGUAAUUAUAAUGGACACAGAACUCCAACUCAUAAAAAACCUACCUGCACUAAUACUGCGCAGAAAUUCAUCAUCAAACUGCAGGCCUGACCAGGAAAUCGAGGAAGAACAUCGAUACACAAGCUUGAAGGACAUCCAGGAAAUCGAGGAAGAACAUCGAUACACAAGCUUGAAGGACAUCAUAUUGAACUCGCCACAACACAGCACCACAAUCCCGGAGGAGAGUGACUUUGAAUUCGAUCCUUCGAACAUCACGAUUCGAAACCAGCUGGUGAAGCGUGCAGCCUCAGCAUACGUGCAGUCAGCUGCAAUAUUGGCCAGCAGUCGAAACCAAAACUUCAUUGCGAGCUUCUGGGGGAGGCUUAGGGGCAACGUGACAUCAGGUGCACGCUGGUACGCUUAUGUUAGGAGCCCAAUAGAAGCUUGUUUCAGGCCUAUUUUGCAGUUUUUAGCUUGCAUGGUUUGGAAUGUGAGGACCACAUUGAACAUUCCAAUAUCUUGAAGCUAAUAUAUAUGGUGAAUGUUUCUCUUCUCCAAGAUGGAUUUAUUUUCUUUUGGGUUUUGUCCUUAAAUUUAUAGGCUUUCAGUCCAUUUGUAUGUAACACAAUGUUGGGUUUGUGUUAUAAUUUCUGAGGUACAUAAUGUAAAUUAUGUGUAAAUAGUUGUCUAUAAUUUAUGAUCAAGUAUAUAUUUAAUCUUCUGCUAACCCAUUCAUUCAUGGUCACCAUAAUUGAGCUAAUUGGUUGCUCAUGGCCUUCAUCUGGGCUUGUGAGUCGAGAGCCGGAGCUGGGCAGGAGGGCUGCAUUUUCUCCAACCCUGUCACAUGAUGUUUGGUAUUGAACCUCUAGCCAGUUUGCUGCACCAUUCAUCUAAGGUGAGCUUCUAUAAUGAGGGGCCUAUAUUGAGGGGUUCAAUUCAGCCGCCCAAUAAUAAUUCUGCAAUUGAUCGGAUGAUUAUUAAGGACCCCCACAUUGUAACCCCUCGUUACAGUCCCUUUGUCAUCUCGGCCUUGGUGAAGCAGAUAUUUGGCCCCAUACGCUUGCAUAUAAGCACACAUGAAUCGAUCCUAUAGAUAUAUUAACACCAUGGCCUUGUCCUUCUGAAGUCUCAUGAUCAGGCUUUUCUGUUUAGAUUCAGAGGACUUUUUAAUCACA